AUGACAAAUACUACUACUACUUCUAAUUCUGUGUCCUCUCGGAGCCGAACCAUUCCCCUGAAUAGUGCGGUUGCUCCACACUUAGCGAUAAUGUCUAGUAUGUCUAGUUCGUCUGCUUCACCAUAUCUUACACUACCCUCAACAAUGACCAAUCCGCCCCCUGUCCUGCAAUACCCAACUUUAUCAGUUAGUCAGGCUAGCUCGACGUACUUACGAUCAAAUACUAAUUCGGUCAACGCGGCUUCGACUGCACACGCGAUUGGCUCUUCUACACAUUCGACUUAUUACAGCCAUCCACUUGCUUCUUCUUCAGCUCUUCCUGUAAACUUGUCUACCUCAAGCUCACAAUUGAAGUCAACACCUCCAAAACCUAAACUUCCUGAAUAUCUUGCUAACACAAGCUUUGCGGAACUGUAUAAUAAAGCCCAUACCGAAAAGUUCUCAACGAACAAUAAUGAAGAAAAAGCACGAUUAUGGAAUGUAAUCAAUGCAACGCCAAUGCCGUCAAUUUCAUCACCUCUUACUUCUGCACCUAUCUCUCAAGCCGCCUCAGAAGCGAACCUUACAGCCAAUGCACAUCAACUUAUUUUAUCUUAUCUUGUCCACCACGGAUUCAGUGAAACAGCAAAAGCAUUUUCUCGAGAUACUGUACGGAUUUCUCAAACAUACAACAAUGAAAUAAAUGAAAUGGAGGGUGUAGAAAGUGAAAAUUCGUCACCAGAUAUGGACAUUGAUAUGCUGAAUCGACAGAAAAUUCGCGAUGCUGUUCUUAAAGGGAAUAUCGAUAAUGCUAUUAAAUUAACUAACAAUUUGUACCCUAAUGUCCUACCAUCCAAUGAUGAUAUUCUUUUCCAACUUCGAUGCCGUAAAUUUAUCGAAAUGAUAGGCGCUUGUGCAGGAACUCAAAUAAUAUUAUCAGAUCAUGAAGACUUUCCUGCCAUUACUUCACAAAGUGAUUGUGAAUCAGGUGAUGAUAUAGAUGGUCCAGUGACACCACUUAAAAAGAAAAGAAUGCCUAAACGACGAAAAGUUACUUUGGGAUUGCAUGGAUUGGAUGAUGCAAUGGCAGCUGCAUUAAAAUUUGGUUAUGAAUUACAAAGUGAUUACCGUAACGAUGAUCGCGAAGAAAUAAGAAAUGCAUUGAAGGAUGCGUUUUCAUUAAUGGCAUACGAUGAUCCACGUGUUAGUUGUGUAUCGCAUCUACUUGACCCUUCCGGUCGAGAACCGGUCGCAAACGCAUUGAAUAGUGCAAUAUUGGUGUCACAGGGGAAACCAAAAAUUCCCUCAUUAGAGCAAGUUUACCGACAAGCUUCAGUAGUCCUUCAUGAAUUGUCAAGGAAUGGUGUUGGUUCAAGUGCUUUUGUAAAUGUGCAAAUUCGAGGUUCACAGAUUUCAAACGAUUGUAUAAAAAUACUCUAUACUUAUCGCAUGCUCAAGAGCAGCGCUUCGAAGCUCGGCGCAGCUCAUAUUGCGCUUAAAAAAUUUUUCGCUUGUCGAGCAG